CUCCGAGCAUCCACCAACCGCCCAGAAAACACUUCCGGUUGUGUUUGACUUUUUCCUACUUUAGUUCUUUAGAAGUUUUUAAAGCAGCCUGGUUGUAAGUUUCAGACAUGAGGAGUUAACGGAGCAGGAGGAAAGGCAGGCAGAAGGAGGAAGAGGAGAAGCGGAAGAAAGAAAAGGAGCCGUUUAACCACAGAAAGGUUUAGAGGAGGAGAUGGAGGCGGCGCAGCAGAAAGAAGACGACGGCGUGGCCGAGGAGAAGACGCCUCCUCAGGAAACAAACUGCGACCGUAACGCCAGCAAGGAUGUUUCCGCCUGUUCGCCUGGUGCCACAUCACCGGUCGCCACGGAAACGGACCAGAGCAAAGAGUUCACGGUGACCCCACAGAAAGGUGGAACUGUUGUCGUCGAAGGCACCAACAAGAACCCGGCCAGCGAGAAGCUGGACAGAGUCCGCAAGUGGAGCGUCAGCAAAUAUAAGUGUACCCGCCAGGCUCUGGCAGAGCGGCUCGGCCGGGGAUCCCGGACCGUUGAUCUGGAACUGGAGCCGCGACUCGAUCUGCUCAAAGAUGACCGACAGCGAUACGAUCACAUGACCAAGCUGACCCAGACGCUAGCCAAUCAGCUCGCUCAGUUCACGGUCACUCAGAAGUCUCUGGGUGACGUCUUCACCGAGCUCAGCGUCAAGUCGCAGAACCUCCAUGUGGAGUUCAGUUUGAACGCCGAGGCUCAGAAGUUUCUGUCCAAGAGCGGCGAGACUCUAGCGGGAGCGUUCAAUGCCUUCACGGCUGAUAUGAACACUCUGGUGAACAAAACCAUCGAGGACACCAUGAUCAACGCCAAGCAGUACGAGACCUCCAGGGUUGAGUAUGACGCGUACCGGGUGGACCUGGAGGAGCUGAACAUGGGCCCGCGGGACGCCAUUACCCUGCCGAAACUGGAACAGGCUCAGAAGACCUUCCAGGGUCAGAAGGAACGGUACCAGAAGGUCCGAGAUGAUCUGUCCGUAAAGAUCAAGCUGCUAGAGGAAAACAGGGUGAAGGUUCUCCACAACAAGCUGAUUCUGCUACACAGCGCUAUUGCUGCACACUGCUUCUCCUGCCACAGCUUCCUGGAGCAGAACAUGCGACAGGCGGUGGAAAAGCUGGAUGUCUCCAGUGUGGAUGGUGCCCCCUCCUGGCUGGAGGACAGUUGACCAUAGCAGCUUAAAGAGACCGGGACCGUAGAUUGGUCAAACUGGUAGCCGUGGGAACGAUUUAGAUAUUUUUUAGGUUUCCUUCCUCUGUUGGAGGGAAGCAGGUGGCUUUAGGCUGCAGAAGCAGGGAGUCGAUGGAAGUAAUUUGUUUAGGAUAAGGAGUGGGAUCGGUGGGAUAACUCAUUCAGGUCUGGAGAGACCAGGAAAUGGUCCGAGUUGUUGUUAAAACUCAUCUAAAUUUAUUCUAAAUCUAUAUUUGUUAGUUAUUAAAUGUUGGCCAUAAGGAGAAUAACUAACUUAUCAGGGAAAAUCAAACAAAUGUGCAUAAGGCAGGCCUCUCUGCUGGGUUUGUGGAGUAAAUCCGUCUAAUCCUUUAUGAGGCGCAAAGCUUUCCUUUGAGCGCUGCAGUCAGAAACACUCAGACUGAAUCACCUCCAGGCUGGAAAAACAACUUCAGAGCCGAGGGGAGAAGCUCGUGUUUCAAUAUGUCUUCUGUUUCUUUUACAAUUUACUAUAAAAGCUAAAAGGGACCAAAAACACUCCAGUAGGACUCAGAAGACGAUGAAUGAAUGAAUCGUUUGGGUUGAAAGUCAAACUCCACAGAGUCAGAAUCUCUAAAGCAACGGUUUGGGUAAAGCCGGCUAACUGUUGGUUUGUGCCAGUGAUGCUUUUGUUAGGAACCUGCGUGAUUCUCUGUCAUGGCCGAACUUAAAGGUUUGUUCUGAACCUGAUCUGGUUUUUAGGACCAAAGGCUAAAGGUUGAUGCUGAGGAGGUGCAGUUACUUCCUACUGCGAUCCAGAGACUUGGUCUAAUAAACACUCUUAGCGUUAGCUGACCGUCGUAUCUGCUGAGUUGUUAAAACUCCAAAGAGCGUUUCAUCACUAAUGUUUCUAUUUCUAAGUUCUAGGUUUAGCAGUUAUUGCAGCUGAUAAUUCAUUUUUUUUUUAUUUUAAAACUGUUGGUUAAAAUCCUUCUAUUUGGUCUAGUUUUAGUUUUCUUCAACGCUCAUCUUGUUUUUGGCGGGAAAAUCAGCAUUUCUGACAUCUUUAAUCAAAUAACAGAAAAGCACUUUCUUAGUUUGGAUACUUUCCUGUUUUUAAUUGUUUCCAUUAAAGUUUAAGUUUUAAAAGCAGGAACCCAACUUUACCCACAGACCGAAGCAGAAACUAUCACCGUACGUUGAUGAUGUAGCUGUGUUUGUAGGUGACGUAAAGUUAGCUGUAGCUACGUCUCUCUGGUACGUUUCAGUUUCACAAGUUAAACUCGUCAAGUUUAAACCUGCUGUGGAGAUGUUAAAGUUUCACCACAUCUAAUUAUUUAUUGGCCUAAGUCAGCAGUUUUAUUCACGUUUUCUAGUCUACCAGUCAAGCUACAGGACUUUAUUAGUUUUGAUAAAGUUUUGUCGCUUUGGGAGCAAAGAUUAUUAUUAUUAAUGUUGUUUAGACUUUGGAAAACCUUGGAAUAUUUUUUAUUUAGUAAAAAUAGUUUAUUUAAAUUUAAUGGGGUUUUUGUGUUAUUGGACCAAAGAAAGAAGCUUUGUUCAGUAGUAGCAAUAGGGACUUAUUUAGCUUGCUUAGCUCUAAAGUGCUAAUGUUCUCAAAGCUUCAUUUAUUUUCUCAUGGGGAGCUUUUCUGUUUUGUUAAAAUGCAUGAAUGUAUUUUUUAUUUUCUGUUUACCUCACAUUUAAUUAGUAAAGAUGGAAAAACUGGUUGCUUGUGUGCAAUAAAAUCCGCCAAAACGUGUAUUUUUUUUGUUUAUAUUUAAAACUCCCAUCUGAAACCACAUAUGGCUGAAAGGGAAACAUAAAGAUGUCUUUUUUUACAGUGACAGUCUGAAAUUUUGACAGUUUAGAUGAAAUUUUAAUUAAUAAAACUCAGUUUGUGAUGCAAACGCAAUUUAUGCAUUUGUUUUUUUUUCUUUUACAAAGCAAUAUUAUUAAAUUUCAUACGAUAAUAUUUCUCAUUUUUAUCACAGAUUUUAAAGACAAGUGGGAGAUUUAGAUUUUAAGAGUAAACAACUGUGCUAUUUGACCUUUUUUUUUACUGAUUUGAGGAGAACUCAUUAAAAAGAAAACAUGUUUAUGUUUAGGAUUGUUUAUUGGUUUGUUUGACACUAGGAACAUCUUUUGGUGGAUUUAAGGUGGAAAAUGCGGGGAUCUGUUUUGGUUUCUCUUUCUUCUUUCCUCCAACAGACUGAAUAUGUUUAUUUUCAUCAUUUGGGUCUGAAGUCAUGUGACAACGUGAAGACUAAAGUGUUUACAAAUAAAUAAAUGUUUGAAUCUUGAUGAAUCUCUUUGUGAGCCUGCCUAAUAAAGUGUUCUAUUAAAGAAACAA